AAGUGGCACUUUUGACAGGAGACUACGCCAAUGGGCGUUCGAUAACUAGCGUACGCUAUAACAUCUUGUAGAAAUCGAAACAAAAUGGCGAUUUUAUAAUCAGCUGUCGAAGUUUCGUGUUGUGUUUAGUGAUUAUAAAAUUUUAGUUUUCAUAAAAUGCACGCUUUGAGACUUUUAAAAGCUGCGCACGAUGAAGAACUUUGGCUCAGGCGCCAAAAAAGAAAUGCGUCCAGACGGAGUUUAGAGACAAUCAAUGAAAUGCCGGAACAAUUGUUUCAGGAGCGUUUUAGGUUAAAUAAAAAAACUUUUAGCGAGCUUUGCUGCAGCCUACGUAACGAAACAAACAUACGGGGGACUAAAGAAAUUCCUUUGGAAGUAAAGGUUCUUUGCGCUCUGAGUUUCUUCGCAACGGGAUCCUAUCAGAGAAUUGUGGGUGUCACACAACAUUUGCCACAACGCACUACAAGUAGAUGCAUUAGGCAAGUUGUGGAGGCACUCAACAGUCCUCGGAUAGUGAAAAAAUGGAUAGUUUUCCCUCAAACACACCAAGAAAGAACAAGAAUUCGACAAGAAUUUCAAAGGAAAUUUCAAUUGCCAGGGGUAAUUGGAUGCAUAGAUUGCACUCACAUAUCAAUUGUAAAACCCCACAUUGAUGAACAGAAUUAUUUUAACAGAAAAGGAUACCAUUCCUUAAAUGUGCAAAUGAUAUGUGAUGAUAAUUUAAAGAUUACACUGGUCAACAAUGAUUUUGUUGCCCUGGAUGUGAAAGUGGUUUCGAAUAAUUUAAUGCAUAUUAUAUACAGAACUAUUAAUAGUUUUGGUAGAUUGGCUCUAGUUUUUUUUUAUCCUAAUUUUCUUACUAGACUCUAAAAUGCAGCAUGAAAUAGAAGGUAUAUUUUUUUUACAUCAUUUAUUUAUUACAAAGUUUUACUUAUUGUUUUGUUUUAGUAUUUAAUUAAUUCAAAUGGAUAUAAAAAUAGAGAAAAAUCAUUAAAACUUAUGAAAUAGUACAAGGAAAUAGAUUUUAUAAGCUUGUCUUCUUAGUUAAUUUUGGGACAAUAGUUUUCUUAUGGACCAUCAGUAAUCUGCCAUCAUGUGACGAUCCCAUAUACCCUGAUACCAUUAUUCCAUAAUUUUUACUUCUUUUUCGAUGUGUUCUUCCUGUUUCUCACAGAAAUUCCGCAGAUUUACUGGAUAUCUAUCCAGGAGACUGUGGGCAAAGUGUAGCUUUAUGCUCGUAUUUGCUCAUAAAAUAAUGAAGUUUUUUAAACAACUGUUGUGCCAUUUCUUUAUAAUUUGGUGUUUGAAAUUAAUCUUAAAUUAAUUAAUACUAUAUCUCUCCAUAAUUUACAUUCAGCAUCAGUUAUUAAAUUUUGUUAAAUUUUCAUUUUUUAUCAAUUGUCGACACGCCCGUCCUGUAGGGCCAUCGGGUAUUCUUCUUAUACUUCUAGAUUCCCUCAAAGGCCUAAAUUUUCAUAUUUAUUAAUUAUUCCUAAUGAAUUUGCUUUGUCUAAUUCUAUUAAUAAAAACAUCAAGGGAAUUUCGUAUACCUAUCCACUUUGCUGACCAAGUGCUACUGGGUUUCUUUAACUCGAUACAAACCGAACAUUGUUGUUCAUAAAAAUGUUUUUUUACAGAAACCAUUUAUUAUUCUGAUAUUCUACAGUCAGUUUUAUAGAAUAGGGUUCUGUCUGAGCGAAUAAAUGUGCAGAAAACGUAAUUCACCUAAAAAUAAACACUUGUUAGUAACCCGUACUCUGAAGGGCCGUAAGAAAUUUUUAUAUAUGAAAAUCCAAAUUAAAAAAAAACUAGAGCCAAUUAAAUAAUUUUAAUGAUUACAUUCGCAAACUGGGUACUUGAAAUAUAUAAAUCUGUAGAAAUAUCCAGGGCAACAAAAAAAAAUUGUUUUUUUGUUGAGCUGUGUUAUCAAUGUCAAUGCAAAAUAUGGUGG